AUGAAUCGUACGCGUCGUCCCCUCCGAGAAGAACUCACAUUUUCUGUUGCCAAAGAGCGGGAGGUGAAUGUCCUUCAUCAACGCAAUUGGAUAAAAGAUGUUGUUGCCCAUCAUUUGAACUUGGAUUCAGCCGAUAUGUGCCAUAUUGCAAAUAUCGAAGACUGGUUCCGCGGCAGCUUGAAUGUUUGUGUUCCUAUUACUAUUGUCAGUUGGAAACGCCGACAGCAGCUAGGAAAACGGUUAGAGACGAUACUAGACCUAGAAAUAGGAACGAAAAGAUCUAAUACGAAGCUGGCACCUACGUAUGGCUUCAACAAAAUUGUCCGGAGAUUCCAAUUCCUCGAUUGUACGGGUUUGCUCUAUCUAAAGUUAACCGCCUGCCUCUUCUCAGUCGUUGCUUUGAGUACCUACGCCGUUAGGCAAUAUAAUAGCGAGUUACGGAGCAGUCUCUUUAAAGACUUAUCUCGGAUCCUGCUCAAUCUUAGCAGAGUGCCUCUGCCGCGUAUUAGGUCUUUUAUCAUAGACAGGAAGGGGUUUUUAACGCUAACUAAUCACCCGCUUUCGAUGGAGCUUCAGGGAUUAGAAAACGAGAAUAUCCCGACCGAUAUCCCCUAUGACUUUACGUAUUUAACUGUAGAGUCUUACGUGACAGAUAUCCUAGGGGUACAUGAUAGCCGCCUGCGGUAUCAACCCAAUGCAGUGAAUAAUGUACAAGACUGUGGCUACCAGAUAUCAGCGCUAGCGACAAUGCGGACAAUACUUCCAUUGUUUUUCUGUCGAAAGUGGCGUCGUGGCCCCUUUGUUUUCAUGUUAACUGACCUUCAUCAAAGCAACAUUUUUCGUAUCAUAUGCCUGGUUGACCUUCAAUGGGCCUGCUCACGCCCUGUUGGGAUGGUCGAACCUCCAUGCUGGUUGACUAAUAAAGGGGUGGAUGAAAUCGAUGUCGACGAGUAUGACAAACUUCGGCAGGAAAUGAUGACUAUCAUGCGCACUGAAGAGGCAGCAAACUUGAGCGAGACCCCUCUCAAAGACGCAGCAGGAACCCCGCUACGAGUAUCUGAGAUCAUGGAACAGGCACUUGCGUCCGGUGGGUUCUUUCUUCUUGGCCUGGCCAGUGGUGGGGGAAAAGUCUGA